AUGGACGUCCUCCUCCGGCCCGCUGUAUUAGCGCCUACUUUACUCGUCGUUGGGUGGCUCGUCUACCAGCUGCUCAAGCCCUCAAAAUUGCCACAACUCCCUAUUCUGGGUGCAAGACCUGGAGAAUGGUUUCCGCUCUUCCGGGCGGGAUGGCGAAACGCCAGAGACAUGCGCACAGCGUCCCUUACAGCCUAUCAACAGUUUCGCAACGAAGCCUUCAUCUUCCCUGUAGCUGGCGCUUGCGCCAGUGUGAUACUACCCAGGGAAGAGCAUCAGUGGCUGAUUGAUCAGCCCGACUCGGCUCUUUCCAUGCACAAAGCGACAACCUCGGACUUGGAGAUUGAAAACACCGUCAUGGAUCCAAAGUUGGUCAUGGACAACCCAGUACACCAACAUCUCAUCGCCACUACCCUGACCAGAGAAACCGGCAACCUGAUCCCAGAAUUGUUCGACGAGCUCCAAUCCAGUCUAGAUCAACUAUGGGGCAAGGACAAUGACCGGUAUACGGAAAUCCCCGUUUGGGAAGUGAUGCAACGGAUCAUUGGAAGGGUCACCAACCGUGUAUUUGUUGGGCUUCCCAUGUGUCGCAAUGAAACCUUGUUAAAGCUUGGUAUUGAAUGUGCGCAAGAGAUCCCCAUGAAUGGGUUGUUCCUCCGGUUCGUCUGGAAACCGAUGCGAUCACUCGUCGCGCUCAUCAUCACCAUACCUUCACGCAUACACCAGAAUCGAUUCUACCAGACGCUCAGGCCCGAGAUUGAACAGCGCAUCAGGAAACUCAACGCCCAGCUUGCCGAUCCAGAAGCCAAGUCUCUUCGAGAUGAGCCCAAUGACUUCUUGCAGUGGUCCAUUCACCAGGCGAAAGCCUCGGGGGAUCCGUACAUGAUGAAACCAGCCACUCUAGCUGGCCGGAUCAUGUUGCUCAACUUUGCGUCGAUCCAUACUUCGUCAUUUGCCAUUACCCACGUCCUACUCGAUCUGGCCUCUUCUGAGCAAUCGUAUAUCGAUGAGCUGCGCGAGGAGAUUCAAGAGGUCCUUGCCGCCCACGGAGGAGAGUGGAACAAGCGGGCCCUGGCUGCCAUGACCAAAGUCGACAGCACAAUGAGGGAAUCACAGCGUCUCAAUUCGUUUGUGACAUUGGCAACCACCCGCCUAGUUGUCGCGCCUGGGGGUGUCAAGACCCCAUCUGGCCUUCAUCUUCCUCAGGGGACAAGACUCGCCAUGCAGUCCUAUCCUGUAUUCCACGACGCGGACAUUUAUCCCGACCCCUUUGUUUUCAAGCCGUUUCGCUUUGCUGCGAAGAGAGAAGACAAGACUGGCGAGGCAACAUAUGUCGAAAAAGCUCGCCAAGCAUGGGCGACAACCAGCGCCGAGUAUACUGCCUUUGGCCACGGAAGGCACGCCUGCCCUGGGAGAUUCUUUGCAUCAAGUGAGCUCAAGCUGAUGCUGGCCAAUAUCCUAUUGCAUUAUGAUAUCAAAUUGCAAGAGAGUAGGCCAGACAAUGUGUGGUUUGGUAUGAAUAGGAUACCGCCCAUGAAAGCUUCAAUUUGGGCCAAGCGAAGAUCUAUUUAA